CGUAUCCGGAGACGUGCGCGGACGCGCGCGGGAAAUUUGUCCGCGAGCUGACUCGUGACGUCAGCAGUCAGCUCUCGAGGUCGGGUCGGUGCGCGUUAAUUUGAAAAAUCGCCCACGAGUUUGGCGGCACAACAACUGGGGGACUGUUACUACCGUACGAGGCUCAGAGAUGGAGGCUCUGUCUCUCGCCACGGUGCACGGUAUUCUCAUCCUCGACAACGACGGCAAACGAAUCCAGUGUAAGUAUUUCUCCGAUACGUUUCCGACUCUGAAAGAGCAGUUGAAAUUCGAGGAGACGCUCUUUCGCAAGACACACAAGGCAAAUGCUGAGAUUAUAAUGCAUGACGGUGUGACCGCUGUAUAUCGCAGCAACGUCGAUCUUUUCUUCUACGUCCUCGGUGCUCAGGGAGAGAACGAGUUGAUGUUGAUGGGUGUACUCAAUGGCCUCUAUGACACAAUCAGCUAUGUACUCAGGCGAGCGGUGGAAAAGAGGAGUCUUUUAGAGAGAAUGGACGCCGUUUUGCUUGUCAUGGAUGAGAUUGUGGAUGGAGGAGUGAUAAUGGAGACAGAUCCCAGUGUUCUGAUGCAGAGAAUUGCCAUUAAGGCGGAUGAUCCAGAGCAGUCGGUCAAGAAUGUGAGCCCUAACAUAAUUUUGCAACACAAUAAUGCUGCUUGUUUUCAUGCACAUUAUGUGCAGCAUGGUUUCAUAAUACUGGUUCUCUCUAUUCAUGUGAUAAUGCCUGCAUUACUUGAUUCAUUAAUAUACUCACAGCAUAAGGACGUGUGGUUGGUUGCCUUGCCUCUCACACCUCAUUGUUGCUUAUAUACUGCAUGUGUAUUUCCAACUGUGCAGAUGGUGCAGUCAGCGAAGGAGAAUAUGCGAUGGACCGGCCUUCUAAAGAGCUAAAUCAUUUGUGUAUCACAUCUAUCUGCCCCAUGCCUCAACAUCGAAACUCUACAUAUUACACACACACCUGACGAUCAUGUGAAAUUCAAAGAUGAUUUUUCACAAACAAUUGCAACACAAGAGGAGAAACUGCUAUUAUUAUUAUUAUAUAAUAUAAUAAUGUUGCACUUGCGUGUGUGUGUGUGUGCGUGUGGGUGUGCAUGUUGUUGGAGGAAAUAAUCGUGUUUGGCAGUUUCCGUGGCUACUGCUCUCCAGACACGCCCACGGGUGAGUCGUGUGGCGAAGAAGAUUCUGCUGCCGGAUGUAUGGCCUCAGUUGACACUGAAUCUGACGAUGACUGUAUGGCUUCUGCCGGAGGCUCAGUUUCCAUUGCAGGUUCCUCUUGUUCUGCAGUGAUUUUUUCGUUGUUCUCUUCGGUUUUCUCAUUAGCAGUGUCCUUCUCCCCCACCUCUUGUGGGCUGUCCUUUGCUUGUGUACCAUUUGUCUCUCCCUCCUCAUCUUCCUCUCCCUUCACCUCC